UCGGAGCAAGGAUGUCCUCGUGCGGCAUCCGUACCCACGUUGCCUUGCGUUCAACUGACUAAUGUGUCAACAUGAGAUUUUGAGCUUCAUAUUUAUUUCUACAUAAAUAUAAGCGACAGUUCCGACAUGUUUCCAGAACUGAACAGUAUUCUCAAUUCCAGUCCAGACCGUUUCAAAUCGAGCGACUUUAUCUUGCUGUCUGACAGAAAAACUGAUGCAUCAUUCCUCAUUUAUCAUUACCUUUCUUUCUAUUUACGUGCUGGUUGCAAGGUGUGCUUUUUGGGUCUUGUGCAGUCCUUCAGCCACUACAAUGCUGUCGGUCAAAGGCUGGGUGUAAGUCUGGUCCAGGCAAGGGACAAGGGUCAACUAGUGUUUCUCGAAGGACUAAAGGAGUCUCUUGGAGUUAUAUUACAGGACGACACCAGUCAAGGGACACAACCUUUGAGUUAUAUGAGGUCGCCAGGCGUUGGUCUGGAAUGUCUAUUCAAGUUUGUGGAAAGUUCAGUGCGUCAGAGUGGGGAUCAUAAUAAUGGUGAAACAAGGGGUCCUCCAGUAUUACUCAUAGACGAUCUGAGUGUACUCCUAAGUUUAGGUGUUCGAGUUGGAGCAGUACUAGACUUUACCCUCUACUGCCAAGCCACCAUAUGUUCAGAGUUACAGGGAAAUAUGGUAAUUCUGGUUAGGUGUGAGGAGGAGGAUGCAGAUGAUGAUGAUGAAGAAGGAUCAAACCUUCUUCAGAGGGGACUCCUUCACCAGUGCAGCUUGGCGCUACAUGUAGAGGGGCUGCCCACUGGUUACUGCAGGGACAUACACGGACAGAUGGAGGUUUGGUGGAGACAGAGAGAAGAUGUCAUGUACAACCAAAGAAAGAUUUUUCAUUUUAAAGUCCAUGAUAAAGGAGCGUCAUUUUUUGCUCGCGGGACUUCCAGUGCUGUUCUAUAACUGUUUCCAAAUAAAAAACGCUUUCUAAAAUAAUGUCUUUACUUACCAGCUUGUUUUAAAUAAAUGUAAAAUAUGUCAAUCUUUUAAAAGUUCCAAUUGCUUUGUCCACAUGUUUUUUAUUAAUUAAUAGUAAAUUAGUUAAUACAUUUUGCUAGGUCAGUAAAAUGGGUCCUCAUAAAGGUUGCAACUUACAAUGUUCAUCAUGUAUACAUUAAGUGCUGGUACACAGAUGCCACUAAUUGUGUAAACUGUAUAGUUUCAUGCUUGCAUGAUCUUGCAAAAUCUGACUCUCUCCCGGUUGUCCUUUAUCAUUUUCUAUGAUUGCAUCAUGUUUGAUCAUAUUGUCCCAUGUCUGGUAAGCAUUACUCUGGAUGAAUGGAGUUUACAAACCACUCACUCGUCUUUACUCAGAGAAGUCCAAACUAAACAAAUAUGACUUGUGCUUAUUCAGUGGAAGAUGAAAGACAUGAAGAAAUAGUUUAAUGACUAAUUUGGCUCUAAUAUUUGAAUUGCAACUCUUUUAUGGUGUUUAUUCAGUACUCCAGAAACUCCAUGUGAUUCCUUUUGUCAAAAGGUUGUUUUUAAAGCUCUUGAUUAUUCUUUGGCUUGUUGAGGAAUGAACACAAACUUAAAACCAGUGUGUCCCAUCUUUAAAGGAAUAUUCUGGGUUCAAUACAAGUUAAACUCAUUUGACAGCAUUUGUGGCAUAAUUUCGAUUACCACAAAAAUAAUUUUGACUUGUCCUUCCUUUUAUUUAACAGCAAAAAUCUGAUAUAUAUAUAUAUAUAUAUAUAUAUAUAUAUAUAUAUUACAAUGGAAAUAAAAGGGAGGACUCCCAUUUGUGAAGGGUUUAAAGGCAAAAAUGUGAAGCUUCCAUGAAUUCUAUUAAAACUGGUGUAUUAUUUAAGCUGUAAAGUUGUUUAAAUAGUCGUAUUUAUAGUCGUUUGGGGGUUUACAACUUUAUGUUGUAAAAUUUGAUAUAACUUCACAGAAAAGGUUAGUAAGUGCUUUUUUUUUUUAUUACAAUAAUGUAAAUGCAUAUUGUUUCUGUCUUAUGGCUAUACUUUUAAAACUGUAUUUUAAUUUUAAUUCAUAGUGGCCCCAUUCAAUUCCAUUGUAAGUGCCUCAGUAUGACAGAGAUUUUAUUAUUAUUAUUUUAUUUUUUUUAAGAAAAGGAGGGACAAGUUGAAGUUUUGUAUUGAAGUUGACAACAUAUUUAUGUGUUAAAUUUGUUUUCUCACUCAAGGUUUUUCCAUUGCCAUCGUCCUCACAAUGAACUUGUGUACAUUAAUGAGCCUCAAUAAUAAUGCAUAUAAUCCUGAGUAAAAAAAAUAACAAAAUGAUUGGGUUGUUGCA